CUAUGCAUUUUGCGCGAACAUCCUGGAAACACACUAUAUCAAAAAAUUUGUUUUCACGUUAAUCAAAAAUACUAUCAUCAGAAUAAUUCAGCUUCCAAACACGGUGGUCCACGAUGACGCAGAAGAACCUUAUUUUUUUUAACUGCGGUAUUCUACUCAUAAUGUUGAUCAGCCUGCCAAAGGCAAAGUUAGCACCACCACCGAAAAGAUUGAACUGUACCAUUAAUGGCUUAACACACAAUUACCUCGAAAUAACUGAUCCUGUAUACGAUGAAGACCCGGAAACCACGAUCCCUUAUACCUACAACUUGCAUACUGAAAAUGUCUCAGGCAUUACUUCGCCCCUGAAUCUUCCCGUAUCCAUAGACCCCCAAGAAAAUUUAUUUAUUACGAUCAAGCAACUGGACGAGAAAACUACUCUCACUCAAAAAUCCGGCUACCACUUUAAUAUUGCUCUUCGUCUACAAUGCAUUGAUGGUGCUGUUGUUGAAAUGAAUACGGUUAUUCCAUUUAUUGAUUCCAAUAAUCACGAGCCUUUCUUUAGUAAACCGACGUACGUUUACGACUUAAUUUCAACUCUUGAGUCGGACUUUAAGCGACUGCUUGACUUAAAUUCUAUUGUUGCUACGGACUACGACAUUACUAAUCGCGAAUUGUUGUUCAGUGUACAAGAGAACGAAUAUUUUGACGUCGUAUAUGGCGGAAUUGUGCCAGGAACGUUGAACAAACAACAUUUGGCCCAACUGGUGCCCAAAUUUCCUGGAAAAAUUAUUAGCAGUAAAAUAGAAGUUGCUCUCACAGUAACGGAUACGGGAAAUCCACCCAGAAGCAACACUGCAAAGCUGGUGAUAAAUCCUCCAUCACCACCAAAACCAGUUUUUACCAAACCGUUUUAUGUGGGGCAUUUGUAUAAAAAUAACACUUUUGUGAUGUCAGAAAACCUCCACCUACAAGAGGGUGCUAGUUAUUAUGAAACAAAGUUUUCGAUUCAAGAUUCAUACGAUGACGGAUGCUCCCGUUUCUUUGCUCAUUUAGUCGAAGAAGAAAUCAUGGUAGCGUUCACAUUUUAUGGAAACGCGUUUCCCCAUUUUUACGAACGCAACUAUAUUGUAUGCCCUGUAGAAGCCACUUAUACAGAUCGUGUAACAAAUUUAGUCUCAUCCGGAACCACCAUCCUCCUUGUUGAGUACCACCACGACUUAUAAAUUUUUGCGAUACAUAUUUGAAAACACGCUUGUCAGAAAUGUAAUCUCUUAAAUGUGCUUCUUAUUAUCGUUGUAAACUACACAAGGAAAUAAAUUUUCUGCUUGGCAA